UCCUACGCAAACUCGCUUUGGACUGUGAGAUAGCAGAGACUCUCUGGAAGGUGCAGCAGCAGCAGGGAGGCGGAACUGCACGGAAGUCAAGAAGUUACUUUUAAAGCCCGUUAAAGGUGGUGCGUAAAAUGAAAGUGGCGCGUAAUUAUCUGCGCGCCCUCAUUUGGACAAGGUGGUAGGUGACAUUCAGAUGUUUAAACCAAGUUCGGCGGAAAAUCUAAAUCUGAACUAGUAUCAGAGGUAAGGAACCUCGUUUGGCACGGAUGCUGUUGGAUGCCGCCCCGCGUCUGGCUCCCGCUUUUGCUUGUUUGAUCUUAUUUGAACCAUGGCUUACUCUCAGCUGGGAUACCCCUACUCCACCACACCACAGUUUCUCAUGACCUCCAGCCCCCUGGCCGGCUGCCUUGAGCCGGGAACUCCUCCGCCCCACCCGGUGCUGCGCUCUCCGGGCCAACAGCUCACCCCUGGCGCUGGGAUCGGGGUCUACAGCGGCCCGUACCCAAAGAGCCAAAGCUAUUACAACACCUGCGCCAGCGACGCCACAGCUCUCUAUUCCAGAGGGCCACUAGAUCCCAAAGAGGGAGCUGCAUCUACGAAUGUGGGGGCAUCUCAGACUCCUACCUACUAUCCUUAUGAAUAUACAUUUGGACAAUAUCCUUAUGACAGAUAUGGAUAUUCCUGCUCAGAUGGUGCAUCGCGUCGUAAAAAUGCCACCCGAGAAACCACCAGCACCCUGAAGGCUUGGCUGCAGGAGCACCAGAAGAACCCCUACCCAACUAAGGGGGAGAAGAUAAUGCUGGCCAUCAUCACCAGGAUGACCCUUACACAGGUGUCUACGUGGUUUGCCAAUGCACGCAGGAGACUGAAGAAGGAGAACAAGGUGACGUGGUCACCUCGUGCCUGUAAAAGCUCUGAUGACCGAGGCUGUGAGGAAGACAGUGAUGAAGCAGAAAAGCCACUUAAAAGUGACAAAGACCUUCCCAAUCAACAGUGUGCAGACCUCCAGAGUGAUCUUGAGGACUUUGACCUGCUGGAGUCAGAUGCUUCUGACUGUGAACCAAAGCCACAGUUUGUUUCUGAGGACAACAAAGCAAACCCAGAUAUGGCUCAUCUCACCCACAACCCUGACGCACUGCACGGAAAAGAGACACUGUCCCCGGACUGCCCCAAACUCACAGCGGUCCCACACCAGAACAGCUCCUUCUACCUUAAUCCAGAGCUUCACAGCACAGACGCUAAACCGAAAAUUUGGUCUAUUGCUCAAACAGCCGUGUCUCUGGAUGCCAGCUUGCAGCCAGAAUACCCUCCGUGCAUGCUGUCAUCCACCGGAUCUCCUUCGCCAGGCUAUCCAACAAAUAUGGCGCUCACCAAGUCAGAUAGGCAACAGGAGUCACCGGUGGCUACACUCAGAGAGUGGGUGGAUGGGGUUUUCCAUGGUCCUUCUUUCCAACAGUCCAAACCAGCAGAGGUGUGGAAAGGAUUAAACGACGCUGUGAUAGACUGCAGAACGACCGGACAGUCCUUUGAAAUUGCUCGGUCUGCAUCCUCUUUGUAGUUAACCAACACGUCAGUGGCGGGACAUUCUGACUGCUGGACUUAAAACACAAGUCUCAAAAAUUUUGUUUGUGUGACAUGACCAGUUCACUGUUUGCUAAGCGCCACUUGCUACAGUUGCUACAUCUGUCAUUGUCUCACCUUCUGUUUUUUUUUUUUUUUUUUUUUAAA